AUAUACUUCAAAAAAAAAAAAAAGUAUGAGAAGUUUGUUAUUUCCCCAAUUUUGGGGAAAGUUGAGAGACGAAGAGGGUUCAAAGUUUGUGCGUGGCAAAGCCUUCCAGUAAGCCAAGCCAAGCUGCAAAUUAUCUGAAAAAAGAAGAUAUUUUUCCAUGUUUAAGAUUGUUUUUUUUUUUUUAUAUAUAUGGGGAGAAAAGAUUUGAUAUUUCGUAAAAGCUGAAACCCCCGAGGUCUAAAACAGUAUGUAGAUGUCGUUUUUGCCUAAAGGGAAAUGCCGUGUGGGCAUCACGUCCCUGCCCUUAUCUUUACAUCCUAUCUUCUCUUCUCUCUCUUUUGUCUCUUUGGUCUGAUCAGUAAUUCGGAAUCAGAGUAGGCCAUUUCUCUUUGUUUUGGAUUAGAGUUUUGCUUAAAGUCCCAACUUUUGUUUUGGAAUUGGUUUAGAGGUUGAAGAAAAGGGUAAGAAAAAAGUUGGGUCUUUUUUAUGGAAGAAAUGAAGGUGGAAAUUUUAAAUUUUACAGGAAUUAUUUGAAAGCUAGUGAAUUUGGAGUUUACUGAUAGAUUGAAGGAAAGGGCAGCAGAAAGAGUUGUUUUUUUUUUCUAUUAUUUUUUUAGGAAAAAAAGCGAAGAAACAGAUCAAAUCAAAAAAAGUAGAAGCAACAUAGAGGAAUGGCGAUGCUUGUAGAGCCACCAAAUGGGGUGAAGCCAAGAGGGAAGCACUACUAUUCAAUGUGGCAGACCCUUUUCGAGAUUGACACAAAGUACGUUCCAAUCAAGCCAAUAGGGAGAGGAGCAUACGGGGUCGUUUGCUCAUCCAUCAACAAGGAAACCAACGAAAAAGUGGCUAUAAAGAAGAUCAACAAUGUAUUCGACAAUCGUGUUGAUGCGUUGAGAACUUUGAGGGAGUUGAAACUUCUCAGACACAUUCGACAUGACAAUGUGAUCGCUUUGAAGGAUGUCAUGAUGCCAACUCACAGAACCAGUUUUAAGGAUGUUUAUUUGGUUUAUGAGCUUAUGGACACGGAUUUGCAUCAGAUUAUCAAAUCUUCUCAGCCACUUUCUAAGGAUCAUUGCAAAUAUUUUAUUUUUCAGUUACUACGAGGGCUGAAGUACCUUCACUCGGAAAAUAUCCUUCACCGAGACUUGAAGCCUGGGAACCUCCUUGUCAAUGCUAACUGUGACCUAAAGAUAUGUGAUUUUGGGCUUGCCCGAACCAGCAGAGGUAAUGAACAAUUCAUGACAGAGUAUGUUGUCACCCGUUGGUACCGUGCACCUGAGCUCCUACUAUACUGUGACAAUUAUGGGACAUCCAUUGAUGUUUGGUCGGUAGGAUGCAUCUUUGCAGAGAUUCUUGGUCGGAAACCAAUCUUUCCUGGAACAGAGUGCCUCAGCCAGCUUAAGCUAAUAAUCGAUGUCCUUGGAAGCCAGCAAGAGGCUGAUCUUCAGUUUAUCGAUAAUCCCAAAGCCCGAAGGUAUAUCAAGUCACUUCCUUAUUCUAGGGGCACCCAUCUUUCCCAUUUAUAUCCUCAAGCCGAUCCAUUAGCCAUAGAUUUGUUGCAAAGUAUGCUUGUUUUUGACCCAUCUAAGAGAAUUACCGUCACAGAAGCUCUCCUACACCCAUACAUGUCAGGGCUAUAUGAUCCGAGGUGCAAUCCACCUGCCCAAGUCCCGAUUGAUCUCGACAUAGACGAGAACAUGAGAGAAGAGAUGAUUAGGGAGAUGAUGUGGGCUGAGAUGCUUCAUUACCACCCAGAGGCUGCAUCUGCAAAUGCUUAGAUGACAUUGUUUUAAGCUAUGCUGGGUUCUGUUACUUUGUUAUAAUGUUUGUUUCGCAACCAGUAUUAUUAUUUAACCUAGAAGAACACCAUUGAAACUUCUGCAUGCCAUGGAACUUCGCAUUGAGAUUUUUAGUUUUGAUUGGCUCGUGUUAACCUGUAAAUGCUAUUAUUUUUAGCCCGGAUA